ACCAAAGAUUUAAUGACUGCAUAAACUGGGCUAGUCAAGUAAAGGCCGCUCAAAGAUCUAUCGAAUUCAAAAUGGUUCUCGAAGCGACUAUGCUAGUUUUGGAUAAUUCGGAAUGGAUGCGUAAUGGAGACUAUACGCCAACACGUUUAGAAGCACAAAAAGAUGCAGUUAAUCUCAUUUUUGGUUCAAAAACGAAUUCCAACCCAGAGAAUACUGUAGGUUUACUUACUAUGGCUGGCAAAGGUCCUGAAGUACUCGUUACUUUAACAUCGGAUAUUGGUAAAAUUCUUACAGCAUUGCAUAACAUAAAAAUUGGUGGGAAGGCAAAUUUAACGACUGGGAUUCAAGUUGCACAGCUUGCUCUCAAACACAGACAAAACAAAAAUCAACGACAAAGAAUUAUAGUAUUUGUAGGUAGUCCUAUUGAAGCCGAUGAGAAAACAUUAGUGAAGCUAGCUAAAAAGAUGAAAAAGAAUAGUGUAGCGGUGGAUAUCAUUAAUUUUGGAGAGGAAGCCGAAAACACCGCGAAAUUGGAAGCUUUUAUAUCUGCAGUGAAUAAUAGUGAUAAUAGUCACCUUGUACCAAUACCACCCGGUCCGCAUAUCCUCAGUGACAUAUUGAUAUCAUCUCCUAUAAUAGCAGGAGAAGAUGGUGUUCCUGCUGGAUUUACGGCUGGUGGAGGGAGCAAUUUUGAAUUUGGAGUUGACCCUAACCUUGAUCCAGAAUUAGCGCUGGCCCUACGUAUAUCUCUCGAAGAAGAGAAGGCAAGACAGGAAGCUGAGGCAGCUAAAGCCGCAGGUGCUACGGCCACUCAAGAGACACAGCCAACUUCAAUGGACAUUGACAAAACUGUUAGUGAUAACCAAAAUGAUAAAACCGAAGAUGAUAUGUUAGCUCAAGCCUUAGCUAUGUCUUCAGCAGGCGAAACUCGAGAAGGAGAUGUUCAAAUGGAAGAAGAAACUGAAGAUGAACAAAUGGCCCGAGCGAUUCAAAUGUCGAUGGAAGGCGGAUCUGGAAUGCAUGAUCAAGAAUUUAUGAGUGCAGUUCUGCAAACUUUACCGGGAGUAGAUUUAUCUGAUCCGCAGAUUCAAAAUGCACUUCAAGGAUUUCCUGCAGAUAAUGAAAAUAAUGAGGAAGAUAGUAAAAAGGACAAAGAAAAAAAAAAAUAAGGGAAAAAACAUUCCAAAUGAAAUUUAUAUAAAUUGUAGUACAAUCUGUUUUAAUUUUACUAUUCAAGAAUUAAUGAAAACAAUUAUGUUAAAUGAUUCAAAUGUGUAAUAAAAAAAGAAAAUACUGAACAUGAAUCAAAAUUUUUU